UUUUCAAACACGCAUCUCUCUCAUGUAUAUAUCACCUCCCCUCAAAUUAUACAUAAAGAUUCAUUCUGCUUCUUUUUUUCUUCAUCACUGAUCACUCAUAUAUUUCUACACACAUAUGAACAAACACAAAGCGAAGUUGUAUCACUUUCUUUCAAAUUCUUGAAAAACUCUUGUUUUACGUGGACUAAAUUUUCAUGCUGUAAAUAUGGUAACUCAUAAAACGAUUGAACCCAAAAGGAAGAGAUCCUUUAUAUGCAGCUGGUUUCCUGCAGCAAUUCUCAUUUCAACAAUUUUCCUUAUAGGGAGUGCUCUGUUAGUCACUGAUUAUAAAGAGAAUUUUUUUGGAUGUAAUCUGCAUCCAGUCGUUGUGGAAAAGUCCAAGAUUUGUGAGAAAGAGUGCAGGCCUGAUGGAACUGAGACUCUACCAAGAGGUAUUGUCACAAGAACUACUGAUCUGGAGAUGAGGCCGCUUUGGGGCCCUCCUAAGAAGAAGAAGUCGAAGUCACCAAUGAACUUGUUGGCUAUUGCAGUUGGGAUAAAGCAAAAGAAAAAUGUAAAUGAAAUUGUUAACAAGUUCCAGCUCGCUGACUUUGCCAUCAUGCUUUUUCAUUAUGAUGGCAAUGUGGAUGGAUGGAGAGAUUUAGAAUGGAGUAACAGUGCUGUACAUGUUUCUGCUGUAAACCAAACUAAGUGGUGGUUUGCCAAGCGAUUUUUACAUCCUGAUAUUGUGGCAGCAUACGACUACAUUUUCCUGUGGGAUGAAGAUCUUGGUGUCGAACAUUUUCAUGUUGGAAGAUAUUUGUCGAUUAUUAAAAAAGAGGGACUUCAAAUAUCACAGCCUGCAAUCGAUGCUGGCAUCUCGGAGGUCCAUUACACACUUACAGCAAGAGAAAUAAAUUCUACAGUACACCGGAAAGCUGUUAAUUUACGCGGACCAGGACAUAGGUGUUUUGAGAAUAGUAUGGAGCCUCCAUGCACAGGGUUCGUGGAGAUGAUGGCUCCUGCGUUCUCAAGAGAAUCGUGGCGUUGUGCAUGGCACAUGAUUCAGAAUGACCUUGUUCAUGGAUGGGGCUUGGAUUUUAUGCUGGGAUACUGUGCACAGGGAAAUAGAAGCGAAAAUAUUGGUGUUGUCGACUCUGAGUAUUUAAUCCACUUGGGUAUUCCUUCCCUUGGUGGUUCAGCUGGUGGUAAGACGAAUGCUGAAAUUGAUAGGCUGGCUGCCAUGAGAGGCACGGUGGAUGAAUCUGAUGGUAGAACUGCUGUGAGGAGAGCGUCGUUCAUGGAGUUAAACAAAUUCAAGAAUAGGUGGGGGAAAGCUGUCGGAGAAGAUGAGUGUUGGGUAGAUCCAUUCCAUCAGCCUCUUCACCCAACUCAAACUUAUCAUCAUUAAUAGAUAUAUAUAACCACACACCAAAAUACAUGUACACAAUAUAAUUUCAUUCUAUAAAAUCACAUCAUUUCUUUUGUGAAUGGUUGCUCUGCCUAUAUGUUGGUUUUGUUUCGCACAAACAUACUAAUUAGUUUUUCACUACUUAGAAGGCCUUUUUGCCCAAAACAUGAAAAUUUACUCUGUAUGAUUAAAAAAAAAAGGACUCACUUCUUAACGGACUUAUGGUAAAUACUGGAGAUAUAUGUUCUCACUAGUCACAUUUGCAUAAAAAAGUUAUUUUAGAAAAGAAAAACUUCCUAUGUCUUUUCUUGGGGAAAAUGCUAAAACAUGAGAACCUGAGGGCUAAAGUGCAAUUUACCUAAAACUGAAAGCUAUUGGGCGAAACUGGUAACCCCAUCAUCUCCCUCCCAACUUCAUACACGAUAAACAUGGCUGCACCUCUUUCUCUCUCCUUGAUUUUCAAGCCCAAACCUCUUUAUUUGUUGACGGCCCAGAAACCAUUAUCUCCUCUCCGCCCUUCAUCACUUUCACUGCCACACUCACAAGGUUGGUAUAAUCUCAAUCUACCUGAUUCAUUCACCUCAAAAACAACCAAAAGACGGGAAAUCUCUGCCAGCAACUACGAUUUCUUGGUUGCAGAAGCAAGCCCAGUUGAGAAUUCUCAAGAAAUAGUUCCGACUAGCGAUGAUGGCGUCUCCACUGUCAUAUCGGCUCUCCUUCUCAUCGCUUUUAUCGGUUUAACCAUUCUCACCGUAGGGGUUAUCUACAUAGCUGUGACGGACUUCUUGCAGAAGAGGGAGAGAGAAAAGUAUGAGAAAGAGGAAGCUGAGAAGAAGAAGAAGAAGGGUGGUAAGAAAGGGAAAGUUAGAGCGAGAGCUAGAGCUGGACCUAGAGGUUUUGGACAGAAGGUUCAAGAAGAAGAAGAAGAUGAAGAUCUGGAUUAACCAAUUGAAUCUAUAUCAUCAUUUUUCAGCCUGCUUAAUCCUAGUGAAAAGUUGUGCAGUGAGAAUUUCAGGACAUUUGCAGCCUUAUUUGUGGAAGAAUAUGCUUCAAUCUUUAUUACUAUUAUGUGCAUGUGUUGACAAAUGUUUGCUUAGGUGUGCACUCUGAGAAAUUUUUGAGUUGAUACAUCUCCCCUUCAAAGAAACAAAUUUCAGA